AUGUCAAGUGGCCUUACCUGGAUACGAUGUGGCUCUUGUUCUUCCAACUGUGAGAGUCAACAUCGAUCACUUUAUGAUCCAAAAUUGUCAGAAACCUAUGUUGAUAUUCUGUUUGGCUCACAAGUGUGCAAAGAUCUACAAGGCACUCAGCGUGAGAAAUCAAAUGUGUGCCAAUAUAAGUAUCGUUAUGGAUACAAGAAAGUCUCUUCAGGAUUGUUGGGCAUUGAGAGCUUCUACUUGCAAUCUCAUGAUAGAAGAGAAAAAAUCUUCUCUAAUAUAGUGUUUGGAUGCGAUGAACUACAUGAAGGGGAUUUUAAAGAUGGUGUUCAAGGUGUUGCUGGUCUUGGACAAGGGUCAUUUUCAUUGGUUUCUCAACUCGGAAAAAAAGUUGGUGAGAAAUUCUCCUACUGCUUGGUUCAUAAGUCAUCUCUUCGUCGUAGUAAGAUUAAAUUUGGAUCGGACUUACAACUCUACAACAAAGACCAGAAAGAAUAUACAGUUAAAUUUGACUACUCUCCUCCUAAUCCCAGCUACCACCUCAACCUUAAAGCCAUUAGCAUUAACGGUGAAAAAAUAAAUACACCAAAUAAAAAACAUAAUAUGAUAGUCGAUAUUCAACCAUCCUUGACAUCGCUGGCUUCACAUAUUUACAACGAAUUCAUUGCCAAGUUUACAGAACCACUUGGCAACAUAACCUCAAUCCAGUAUUCGGAAUACGGCACUUGCUUCCUCAAAAGUGAACCCGUCGAGCUCAAGAGUCCCAUAGUUGUGUUUCAUUUUUCUCACCCAUUCCUAUCCAAUGGAGACUUUCAUGUGAAUCCUACAACAAUGUUUCAGAAAAUCGAUGACUACAAGUGUUUGACAAUAGUCCCAGUAAGAGAAGGAGUUUCUGUUUUGGGGAACAAGGCACAAGUAGACCGUCAGAUGAUAUUUGACCUGUCAAGCAAAUCCAUCACUUUUGCUCCACUUGAUUGCUUCAAAGCUGCAUAUUAA